AGCAAACAAGCCACCGGAUAAGCAAAUAGCAUAAAAAGCGAGACGCAACGCCCGGAAGAGUCACACAAACACGUCGGCUGGACACAACGCAUGUACAAGGAAAUUACUAGUGGAAGUCUAAAGAUGAAAUUACUCUGCUUGGCCCUUGUUCUCGUAUGGGUUAAAAUGGGUAAGCAUUCAUGAGUUCAAAUUUAAAACCAUCUGCUGAAUAGAUUAUAUUUGAUUACGUGCUGUUUACUACAUCGCGUGAUGAAUUGUUUGAUCAAGGUUUUAGUUGCCUUAAUUUUGAUUUAUUGCGAAUUAAAUUUAUGUUUAAUUUCGAUACAUUUGAGAAUAAUGACCUGUGUAUCCACAAGACGCUUUGAGAAAAAUGCGAAUUAACUCCACUUUGUAGUGCCUGUGAAAUAUUUUACCAAUUGUUCAAUGUAAUUAUGUAAACAUAAAUACAGCGUGAAAACGAACGAUCUAUUCAGCACGACAACAUAGCUAAAGUAGCCAUGGGAAUUUCUAAAAACCUUUCAUCAGUCUUGAGUUCUCCUUAUGUUAAUUAAUAAGGGCAAUACAUUUUAAGUUUUCUGAGUGAACUGACCUGCGCACCCAAUAUAUAAUUAUAAGUUAAAUAUAACCGCAAGAACUCGGUUUUGGUCAGCGCGCAUCAAGGUAUCUGAUUCAGCAUAUUUGCGCAAAACUAGGCGACAUCGUACGAUGCAUAAAUUUAUAGUAACAAAACACUUUCGUGUUAUAUUGGGAAACAUUCAAUGCUGUGCCCAUGGUAUGUCAAGGUUACGUCAAUCGGAACAAUGUCAAUGGGCGGUUUAGUAUCGGGUUAGAGUCCAUUGAACUUUAUAAUCUGCGAAAUCGCGCCUAUUUCUUUUGUCUUCAGGCGAUCUAAUUCGUCUGGCACUGUGCAACAUAUGCUUCAAAUUUUAUAUCAUAUCCAAGACCAUAUCAGCAUAAUGGAAGUUUUCUGUUUAGCAUAUGUUAUUAGACUGACUUCUUAUUAUGUAGGACUGGUUUAAUAUGACAUAUAAACUCUGGAAAACAGCAACAGUUUUGAUUUAAGAGAUUAUCCCUUUUAUAACAAAUGAAUACCAGAAAAUUUUGUCAUUCUGUUUAGAAUUUAGGAAGUGGACCUAAAUAUAAAAUUUUAAUACUUUAUUUAUUGAAUUUUCUUUUUUCCUUAUGAUGAGAUCUCACGCUUUAAUACGCUUUUGUUAAUGUCGCCUGUUUCACUCUUCCGUUGUGGUCUUGAUGUUAUCUAAAGGCUUGUUGAAACGGAUCCAACAUUGUUAGCACAACAACAUCAUUCAACAAUUCUCAAAUACUGUUUUGAACUGCUUCUUUUCACAAGUUUUUAAAACACAAAUUUUCUGGAUAAACCUUAUGGAUUUAACCUCAUAGCAUAAGCUGAUACGAGGUACUAGUGAAAUCUAACCUGAAAUGGGCUUCUUUGUUUUGGAACCACGCCUUCUCAGUUAUUCUAAUCAGGUCCGGCCUGCUGAUAUUCACAAAAAUUCGCUGCGGUAAACUGAUCCAAUUCUUGCCAAAACAAGUCAAUUCAACGCAAUAACUCAUUGAAUCCUUCAAAUCUCGAAUGGUUUAGAAUUAAACAUGCAGAGACUUGAUGGCUUGUAUCUUCAGGAUCAUUCAGUACUCUGUCACAAAUAUCCUCUUCUACGUAGUCCGGACUUUAAAUGGGGAUGCGAAUUUCUGAAAACCUUUCAUCAGUUUUGAGUUCACUUUAAGUUUAUUAAUAAGGGGAAUAUAUUUUAAGAUUUCAAGUGAACUGACCUGCGCGCAAAAUAUAUAGGUUAAAUGUAACCGGACGAUACUGAGAAUUCGGUUCUGGCCGACGUGCAUUAGAGUAUCUAGUGAUUCAGCAUACCCGUGCGCAAAACAAGUCGAGUCGUCGGCGUACGAUGCGUAAAUUUAUAGUAACAAAAUGAUUUCGUGUUACAUUGAGAAAACAUUUAUGCAAAGAACAACGACUUAACAGAAUAUCGAGAGUUUCACGGCGACAGUGUUUUGUUUUCCACUUCAACGAAAAUGCCGCGGUGCGUUACGAUACAGUCGAAGCGGAAAAUGGUCUUAAAUCUAAUCAGCAUGUCUGAGAGAGGUUAUCAUUCACUAUACAUUGAAAUAUUAAAACGUCAUUCUUUUUUCACAAAUUACCGCUGAACAUAAACGAGCCGAAGGUGGGCGGGCAAAAGGAAGAAAGACAGCAAGCUUCCACUGCAUAGUAAUCGGUAUAGCUUAUAUAUAGUUUAUUUUGUAAGCCAGGCAUACAUUUACCUAAUUUCCCUGCAUGCAUGUUGAUAUAAUGGCUGUAGGAUUUCCUUUCUCAUUUGAAAGAGGGUUUCAACAUUUCCGACUGAUAUUAAUAAUUUAACUGAAAAUAUAGUAGUAACUCCAAAAUCUACGUUUCGGCGAUUAGUGAAAAGAGUGACUCUAUAGUCGAAACAAUUUAAAAAAAUGUUUACUGUUGUCGGAGUUGAAUUUUGUAUUUCAUACUCAUGCAUGUGCAUGGUUCCUGCAUGCAAUCAGUUUGAAAGUGAAUGUUUGCAAUCAGUUUGUUCAGGCCGGUUACGCAUUGGUUUGGACCCACAACUUAUCGAAAGCCGUGAAAACGUCCAUUAUUUACUUACGUUUUACAAGUCUAUCGACUAAGCAAUUAUUCCAACUCUCCCGAUUUGAUCGGGAUCGAGGCGAUCCUGAUUCCCAUAUAUACUCACCUCCCGAUCCGAAAUAUUCGCUUAUCCGAAAGAUUCGCUUAUCCGAAAGAUUCGCUUAUCUUCAUAUAGUCGGCAACGAAAACACGACAAACAAGUUUUUAAAGGCACGUUUACACUUGCAAUUGUUGCUGCGCUUUUCUUCUUCUAUACAUACUCAGAACAUUCACAACUCAUUUACUCGUUCAUAUGCAUAAGCUCUUGCAUGUGGUGUCGCGGUCAGCACGCUUGCCUUUCACUAGAUGGGAGCCGGACCCGGGUUCACUCUAUUCAAGGUCUUAAAAUAAUUGAGGAUAGUGAUUGCUACCUUUACAGUUUACACUGACAUCAGUAUAUGCAUGGUUAGACUUGUGUGUCUCCUCGGAUAAGGACGUUAAAAUCAUAGACAUAGGUAUACCUCGGAUUCCCUAUCAACUGGGCUAUUGCCUGUUGGAAAUCCGCUCAUCAAUGAGUAUAAGAAACGCAGUAAACAAUAAACAAUAAACAAAGAAGAAGAAAUCGCACUGGAAAUCGCAUUAAAUAUUGCAAAUGUAAACGGGCCUUAGUAACAGUCCACCUGACAACAAUCCGUGCGGCCAUGCCUAUAAUAUAUGCAUGCAUGCAUGCAUUGAUAUUUUCAAUUUGAAAUCUCUUAUGCAUGGUUAAGGUUGAAAUACUUUCGUUAAGGUUGAAUGUAAGGUCACCAUUAUCAUUUUUAUGCAUGCUUUAUGUCACCUAUAUUUAUUCAUUAAAUGAUAAGUAAACAACAGUAUAAUGAUUAAUGUAAAAAAAACACAGUCAUAUCGGUUAUUGUUUAUAUGCUCUAUAUUUCGCUGAUAAUAGGACCCAUUAGACAAGAAAAACAGAUUAAUAACUGGACUGGUCUUUAAUCUGUCGAGGUUUCCAGUGGGCAUCUGAUUUGAGGAAUUUGUGGAAUGUAUAAAUAAAAUUGUGGAUGAAUAAAAAAAACACGUGUAAGCCACGACAUAAACAGUUCAUACAUGCACAAUUAUUUGCUAAUUUCAUUCGAAUUUAACUAACCAAACGCAUCACUAAUUAUUGUAUAGCAUAUUUAUCUAAAAAAAACUCUUCCAAUUCAAGUUAUUUAAAGAACAAUUAAUAAUGCAUUGGGUCGUUUUUGAAGCUGCUCGAUGACUUGAUGACUCGAACACCUUCGAAAAAUUCUGAAUUCAAAAUAUCGCCGCAAAAAUUUUGAAAUCCCAAAUUUUGAAAUCCCCAACCCCAAAUUUCUCACAAAAUCACUAAUCCUACAAAAUAGCUAAAACUAUCAAAAUUGCGGGCAAAAUCCCUCCUUUAAAAUCCGUUGAAAAUCUCGCAAAAAUCCCUAUUAUAUAUAUAUUUUUGCAGGGAUUUUGGAAUCCCAAAAUCUUCGUAUACGCUUUUACAGAGUUAUAUAAGUGAUAGAUAUACACCCCUCGGCUCCGACUGCAGAAUAUAGACUGAUAUAGCAAUUAUCCAGUAAGUUCCAAUUUAUGUCACAUGUGGUAUAAGAAUUAACUUUCAACCCUUAAUUGACAAAAAAAAGCUGAUCGUUUUGUUUAAUUAUCCAAGUGAUCACCUUCAGAUAGUUUUUAAGAUUUUUCAUCAGUUACUUGAAUUAGCUAUAUAAGCUCAUAUAACAACAGCAUUUGUAAGGCUUAAUCUAUAGAAACCUUUAUAAGAUAUAGAAAAAUAUUAGUUAGGAAUGUUUAAAAUUUCAAAGCGUCUUGAAGGCCAAGGUUUCAUCAAAAUGAUAAAUUAAAGCAGCAGGGAGAUGUAUAAAGUUCAGCUGCAUGCAGUCUCAAGGCGGCUUCAGCUGCCGAAUUCGCAGAUGUUUUGAUUCACACAAGAUAACUUUAUGUCCCAAGACUGAAAAACAACUUAUUAUCUAUAUUUGUUGACAUUCAUCUUAAAACACUUCCCCAUGCAUGUAAGACAAUAUAAUUAAAACAUAAUGAGUACGGACAAAACUUAUGCGUUAAAAAUGCUUUUUCCUGAAGAGUGAAGUACGGUGCCUUGGAGAUACGGGGAUUAUAAAUUAUAAUGUCAGCUAGGGAAACUGUGAUAGUCUGAUCAUCUUGUCUUAACAAGAGGGAGGGUGAACUGAGCCUCUCAUAUAUAUUCAUGUUGAUUUAUACUUAAAAUAAAAUAAUUGUUUUGUACACGGGGUCGGGGAGUGGGAAGGAAGACUUCUUUUUAACUAUAAUUGAUAUGGGCAACGCGCUUGACGCAUUUGGCACCAUAAAGAUUGGCACGUAUAAACCGCAUCUUCGGAAAAUACGAAAUUCGGUUAAAUAAACAAUUACAAACUACUUCAUGUUUUAUAAAAUUGUGAACAAUUUACUGAGAACAUAUAUAAUAUUUAUAUUACUUCUACAGUAUAUUUCAUACACAGCAAUAUCCACAGUGACAGUGUGUUGAAGAAAUAAUAUACUAAAUAUUAUAUUAUAUUACGUUUCACAAGCCAUUUACAAGCCGUGUUGCGUUGGUGAUAUACAAACUCUGCUUCGGAACGACAGCCCAUGUUGUAAAUAACAGCUACUUGAAAACUCUUUCUAUACAAGUUUCAAGGUGCCACACACAUAGUGAUGCUAAAAACAUCAGUUAGCAAUUAGUCAAUGCGUUUUUUUUUUAUUUAUGGCGUGAUUGUAUAAAAUCUGUACAGUUUGUAUAAUUAGAUUGUUCUUCGAGUUCUUUAGGCUAAUUUCCGUUAGAAAAUGUAAAAGAAAACACAACCGGAUGAUUGGAUUUGUCUUAAAUUGAUGCAUUAUUAACUGUGAGAUUAACAACUGAUUUCCUAGAUGAUGUACACGGUAAUGCGUACGGUAAAUAGUGUUAUAUAUAGGCAUCAACAUCCCUCAAAGUUAUGUAAUAAUUUGCGGGUAACUUAGCCCUAGGUUCCUCGCGACAGCCAUUUUUCCUCGAAAGUCAUUUUAACGAUGACAUGAAAACGCCCUGCAAACCACACUGUUGAUCAGGUUCAGCGAAUAAAUUCUUGCAAAACACUCGUCAGUCCUCAUUGCUUUUUACUGAUGACAUUUUCUAUUUUGCAACAUAAAGUAUUCGGCGGUAUAUUUAUCAAACAUGGCCUUGAGUAUUUUCAUCUUUAGUUAUGCAUUUACUUUCUAGCGCAAUAACACUGAUGCGAAUUGGGAUUAGAGUUCGGGUAAAUCAUUGUAAUUGACGCUUCUCAGACUGCCUCCGCACCGGGGAAGCUGAAAUCGAACCCGCGAUCGAAACCAAAUCCAAGGUCGUGAGCUUAUUUCCUACCGCUGUCAAGCAAUUUUUCAGUUUUUCCGACGUAGGCCACUCAAAAUUGCAUUAUCUAAAAAUAUACUUUUAAUUACAUGCAUACAUGAUUGAUAUUUUGGGGUCAUGCUACAAUCCUGCAGGCAAAAAUUAUUGUGGACUAAAUUAUUGAGAAAUUUUUGUAUACCUGCCUUGCCUAAUAAAUACGUGCAAAACAGCAAUAUAACUUCCCCCCGUUCAAUGUUGAAAGCUUAUAAAUUGAUUAGGUGAAAGAUCUGUGAAAUGCAUGUCAAAAUCAACAUUGUAGGACGGAGUUGCGCCGUUGCGGGAGACUAAGACAGCAACAUGUGUAUGUGAACAGUAAAACUUUAGUUUACACCUAAGUGUCCACGGAAUUUUUGCAAUGACUGUAGCUUCUUCGGAGCGAAUUUCAUCAUUUUCAAAUUUAAGGGUGAAAAUGCUGCCUUUUUCGGUUUUGGCAUCCGAUUAAUAUGUGCUAACAGGGAAGUCUCACAACUUGUGAUGACUGUUGGGACGUGCAUGUCCACCCACUUCUCAGCACUGAGUGUGAAAAUCCAGUCUGAAUAUUUUAAGAGUUUGGCAGGAGAUUUGGCCGGGGAUUAUAUACUUGGUUACAAGUUAAAGAAAGCAUGCUUGCAACUUUAGACUUGCUACAAGUCGCCUGGACCGCCUGGUAUCAUUAGGGACCUUUAGCAUGUAGAUUGUAGGACGGCAACGCGACGACGAUGACCAAAACAAAGUCCUUGAAAUAAAUAAUUUUAUGGAAAACUUGUCGUGUAAUAUUAUUCGCUGUACGAAUUUAAUACAGUUUUAGAAGGUUAAGACGGAGGUUUAUAUUUAAGAAGACUUCUACUAAGCCAGUUUGCCGAGUACCACUUCUCGCGCGUUGUAUACAAGACGUAGCCUAAGAAUCAAUAUCAUUAGUUUGCUGUUGUAAACAGAGUGAGGACGACAUCUAAAACUCCCAAGCCCAAGGGACUUUUAAUUAUUAAUUUCUAAUUAACGCUAUCAUAAAUUCCAUUGUAUUUAUAGCCGUCGCCGUCUUGCUAGCUAAGGACGCUUUCCAUUAACAUGGCCAGACUGGUCAGAGAGGUCAAAUUGUUGAAUUGAACACCAAACAAUUGGGCUUCGGACCUAUCUGACCGGAAAAUUUAGAUAACAUUAGAAUGAGGUCCAUUUUCGCUAGAUAUUUGAGAAACAUAGACCAGAUCUUUCCAUUGAUACAGAGAAAAGAAUUCGGGUCUGACCGGUCAGGCCAUUAAAUGGAAAGCGCCCUAAGGUCCCUAAUUACUUAGCUGCGAGGUUGAGCUCAAAUUUCUUAAAGUGUGGUCAAGCUCGCCCAUUCGUUUUAUCCCUCACGAGUUCUCACUCGUUUUGCUGCUUAUAGUGCGAGACAAGUUACAAGCGGUUACGGUGCGACUCAGUAGGCCCCAGUUAUUCUGUGCCCCAGUAGCAACUUUCGCUAUGAACAUAGAACAAACUAUCACUUAUUUCUUCUCUUAACAUGAAAAGCUACAAAUUUCUAAUUCAGUUCAAUUCUGCUGUAAAUUGUGAUGUAUAUAAUUUAUAUCGAUGAUCGUAUUUGAAUUGCUUGUUUUUUUUUUGUUCAUUCGUGAGUCAGCAAAUCAGUAUAGAAAACACGUUGUCACUUUUCUAUCUACACGACUACACUUUAGUCUUUACACAACUUCCCUGUUUUCCAACUAUAUGUGCAAAUACAGUCUGUUUAAAUGAUUCACCUGAUUAAAAAAAAUUAAAACCUUUAUAACGACGUCAUAGUUGCGAGAAGCCCUUAAUUUUAUAAUUUUAAUCUGUUGUUUUUAUUAGAAACACUUGAACGCACUUUACUAUUUUACAAAUGUCCUGCUGGCACAUCGGAUAAAAAUCCUGAAAAUGAUUAAUCAGUCACGCUAUAAUUUUUACUAGAAACCAGUAUAACAUUUGGUACGACUUAUGCAUUUUGAAAUCAGCUAGACAAUACGCUAAAUAAUUCCAGGAAAUCCUUCUUUAAAAUCAUUGUUUUACAGCCGUAUUUCAUUUCCGUAAUAAUUUGUGAAACAGUGAAUAAUUAAUGAGGCACAGACUCACGUGAUCCUUGUGUAAUCUCAAUAAAGAUUAACAAACUUCAGAACCGUCCUCACCCCUCAGAUAUAUGAAUCAAAGUCCCUUAAGGCCGAAAGUGACAGCAAGAAUUAGAGCAGUUUGGUUGUUUUUGCAAACGGGCACAGUGGGAAUUUUGCCAUUUGUUGUGCUUCUUUUGCCAAAUCAAAAGAACGAACGCGUGCUCCAGCCCGAUUUCCUGUUCUGUAAGGCCCGAUUCGCAGGCAAACAGUGCGCGCAAAGUAGGCUGUCAUUUCUCAUUGCUUAACUACCCCACACCACACUCAAGUAAGCACAAAGACUCACAGAUGUUGCCGUGAGUCAAAAAUGAGUUUCAUAUUAUUCUGAUACUGCAGAAUACAACGAAAAAUUUGCUAGGCCUCUGCACUGCUCCGGUGUGCCCAAGGAUUGGUAGCAAGUCCUAUAUAUCCAAAUUAAGUGCAUGAAAUAUUUUAAAAUUUCGUUGUCUCUUGCGGGAUUCAAACCUUAAGUCGUUUCAAGACGAAAUUUUCGUUGUACUCUGCACAGCUGAACAAAUACGAAACCAUGUUUUUUCAAGAACUUACCGUACGAGUAUCGGAAGGAUCUAUAUUAAAGCUAAGAAUAGUAUCAAAGUUAAGAAUACUAAGUCUAAGAAGGUGUAUAUAAAAAAUGUUCAUAGUUACAGGUAUACGUUACAGGGGUGCCUUCGACCUAAAAAAGAUUGAUGGCUGCAGUUUACGAGGGCCUUGAUUACACCUGAUCGAGGUAAAAGUCUCUUACUAAUCUACUGAGGAAGACCCAUACCUCAAAACGAAAGUGUUAUUAAAAACGAAAAUAUUUUUAAUGAACGAACUGUACGUUCUACUAAUGUUUUACUAGGUUUGAAAUGUACGAGUCGAGUGAUUAUUUGAAGGACAUAUAAUUGAAACACUGAUCAAUUUCCUUUCGGAAAACCAGGCGGUACAAUGUCAAAAACAAUCGAUAAAUAUCACAACAAUCUUUUGAGUUUUUACGCAGUUGUAACCACGAUGUCGACUAUAAUUGAUGUCAAAUUUGUUAUCAGAAUGGGAGGAAGUACUUAUCACAGGAAAUCUGGACCCGAAGUCAACAAUUAUAUGCGAUGCCAAAAAAGAUAAAUGAUUUCCGAUAAGAAUUCGUUUUCUAUAAUUUGAUAAUCACACAGCAAAUACCGAUAUUGAAGAUAACGUUUAUUAGUGGGUUUCAUAAAUGACAUAUGAUAAAAACGGCAAGGCAUCCGGAAAAAGAUUGCUCAUGAUUGAUACUGAAUCUACAAAAAAGCUAGCAUUGUGACAGCUGAGUGCAUGACACAUUCCUGUGCUGACAUUUUCCUGAAGGUGUAAGCUGACAUUUCUAGGGCUUCUUUUAUUUUUAUGAAAAAUAUUUCAAGGUUUCUAUUGAUCAAGGUUAUUUUAGAGGACAGGAACCUCUAUGACCUGACUCGAUUGAAUAAAGUAAUAAAAUUGACUUCAAGUUUAAUCUUGUUGUCUUCACACAAGGCAACUCUCUGUCUACAGUAGUCAAAAUCCAUUUCAAAUUCAAUCUGAGAACGAUAUUUAGUAUCACCGCGUACUAUAGCCUUUCAGCACAUUCCAGGCGAAGGGUGUGUGUGUUUGUGUGGUUGUUGUAGGGGAAGUUUGCUGGAGGGAGAUUAUUCAUUUAUUAAGGGAGAAAGCAAAAGUUCUACAUAUUACGACUACCUUUGAUAAUUACUCCUCCACCAGUAUAAUUUACUAUUAUUGUGAAUAGCACAAAACGGGGCACGGGUGACUUUACGGCUUGAUAGAAAAUUUACUCAAAUUACUGAAAGGAUUUACAAAUAUUGAAUAUUAGACUUCGUGGAAAAUGUUUUUCGAUAACAACUUCAUCAUUUAGAAAAAUUCUCUGUAAUACCACCAGCUGAGCAGAACAAUAGAGUAAAAAAGAGGCCGCGCCCUUAAAAGCAUAGUCUCAUUGCGGCAUUUUCAAAGGCAACGGAGUACGAUAUACAAGACUAGGAAUGUCCAUGCAAGAACCAGAACGAAACAGUGUUUAGUGUUCUGGGGCCGGUUGUAUAAAAAGUGAUUAAAGUUAAUCAUAGUUAAGUGGAAAUGUCAUCCAAUAAGGAGCGCCUAUUUGAGAGUUAAUCACUAUUUAACUACAAAAUAGUAAUUAAAAAAGUGAUUAUGAGUUUUAUACAACCAGCCCCUGAUCGUCAAAAAGAUCAUUACUUGGCGAAAAUAGAUGUCAAACCCCUUCUUGAUGUUAUUAGAUGCAGAAACUAAUCAAUAGACCUUAUGAAUAAUGACGUCACAAGGCUUGAUGCCCGCGAGGAAUGCUGGUCUUAGUAGUCAUCGCUAGGGAAAAUUUCGAUAGUAGCCAUUUUGAAUUGUUUAAUUUUCCCGGGUGAUGUCUAUUAAGAUCAGCACCCCUCGCGGGCAUCAAGUCUUGCGACGUUAUUAUGCAUGUCUAUUGUGAAAAGAUUUCUGCUUUCGCUUCUUUAAAAUCAAACAUAAUGACGUAGUGUGUUUCUUUUUGUCUUUUUAGUCACCCCUCUUCACUGCAGAUGUACGGGAGCGAACUGCGAGAGUGAUGUAAUGGACACUUGCUAUACAAUACAUUCUUGUUUUACCAAGACCAUUGGAGGGAAUACGUCGUAUGGUUGUAUGCAAUCCCUUGGUCUGGAACAAUUUUAUUGUAGUAAAAUGUUUAAGACAUUGCAAUGUUGCACAACUGAUCUAUGUAACAAUAACGGCUUGCCUCCUAAGCCUUACUUGUCAGGUUAGUGUUGUUUGAUGUUUCAUAUAGCACAAUUAAGGUUUAGGGGACUUUGAGCGAUUAAUAUCACAGUAAUUUUGUUACUGUCAGUACUUCCUUCUAUGGUCAUUCCAAAUAGGCUGUUAUUCUUGCAUGACUGCUCCAGUUUGCAAUAAUUUUUUUGACCAAUAAUACGAGUUGCCCAGGACGGAAUCAUACGCUUAUAAAAUUAUUUAUUUAUUAACUUCGGCCGUUUACACGAAAAUAAACAAGGAAAAUACAAACAUAAAAAGUGGCUCAGAAACACUAAUGUUAGUGACCUGUUGCAGAAUAAAUACAACACAACAAAACACAAGUACAAACAUGAAAGAAGAUUGCAACAUAGUCCAUCUUAUCUGAAGUGGUCUUGUCGAGAGUUCCAGGAAAUGGUCAUGUAAACGUUGGAAUAUGAGGGAGUUUAUAUAAGCUUCACGUUUGCGGGAACAGCAAACGGCAUGCCAAGCAUAGUCGAAUUUUAUUGGCAGAAUUUUUGCUUAACCUCUUCGCUUCAUCGUCUCUUUCUUAUCUCAAAAGGAUCAUCAUACAUUACAGUCUUAAAAUAGCAAGUUGACUUUUUUCCCAUUUAUUACCUUGUAGCGUAAUUUUUUUCUUCCUCUGGCGUUUGCCAUUUGUCGGACGUUUGAACGUAAAGCGUAAACUCCCAAUUGUUACAACAACUUGAUUGUCCUAAUACUUUACUAUACACUUUUCGUUUAUCUUAGUUCCAUCGACAAAACUGGCUAGUUUGGUGAAACGUAUAGUUACAGUGAAUAUCACAGACUCUGUUGAUCGUCGUGCUAAAAUUGAUGGCUAUGUUGCCACAAUGUACACACCUGGAGAAAACAGACAGAAGAUUCAAAUACUGGCGUCUGAUACACGUUCUUUCACAUUUAGUUACUUAUUAGUUAAUACUACCUAUGUCAUUGAAGUAACAUCGUAUCGAGGUCGUGUGGCAUCUGAGAGAUCUAAGGCAAUCACAAUCAAAACGAAAUCUCCAGGUAUGUCGGUUUAUCAGUACUACGAUUGGAUAGAGUAUCUUUUUGAAUUGAAUUAGUCAUUCUGAAACGGCCAGAAUAUUCAGCUCAAUAGGACAUUGGGACGCGUGUCUUUCCAAGCCUGUUUUAACGAGUUCUAGAACAUCUGAAAACAAUAGGUGGACUUGAGGUGGCCAUACUGAAGAGAGGUGCGAGAUUAAACAUCAAGGCCAGCGAGAGGAGGGGGGAGGGGGCAAAAUACCCGGGGCCCGGAGUGCUCUGCAGAGGGGCCCGGAAAUCUCGGUAAAAUGAUCGUAUUGUUUAUCAUCGCUUUAUGUUUGUCCUAAAUGAAAUACGCCUACUUGCACACUAUAUCCGCUGAUCGUCGUCAUCGAUCGUAAAACGUACCGAACGUAACGAUUUUUCGAUCGUUUUCUCAGCAAAAACAGUUAGCACAUCGUUCACAUUGCGUUUUUAACUUUUUAUCAGUUAUGCGGCGAUUUCUUGCAAGUAUCUCGCUGGCAAUUCUCUCGUUGAUUGCGAUUAAAAAUAGCCAGCGGGAAAGUCGAGAGAGACAGGGGGUGGGUGUGUUCACCAAUCGUCAUUUUGUCCCGGGGCCCGUGGUUGGCUCUCGCCGGCCUUGUUAAACACCAAUUUCCCUGUAUGAUUAAAAAGGUAGUGAGCCACCUGAUUUGUAGGCUACGGAGUUUCCCGUGGAGGCGGCGACAGUGACGACUAAUUUCUUUAUCCAGACACAUAAAGAACAAUAUCCUGAAAAUGUAACUAACGUCCUCUGACAUCACAGUAACCCACACAUUUGUUGUGGUCACACUAAUAUAUAUAUCCGUCACGGUCUCUAGAUUUUUGUUGAAUGACACCAUUAUAAUUGUACUAAAAUUAUAUGACAAACUCAGUAAUGUCUUUUUUCUUUCAGAAUGUGAUUACUUCAAAAUGGGAGAGAUCGGUGGUAAGAAGACAGAGUCAUGUACGUCAUUUGGAUGUGUUAGUACAUGGACUAAAUACGGAACCAUUCUAACGCUUGUGGAGAGAGGAUGUUGGAAUGAUGUAUCUGAAUCCAAAUGUCAGACAUUGCAAAAGCAGUACAUGAACAACUCAAUCGAAUUCGUAAUCUGCACGUGCGAUAGGAGAAGUUGUACACCAAAAACAAAAACAUAAAAAGUUCUUCAUUCCACUUGAACGCAUUCCUUUCGUUACGACUGUAGCACAGUAUUCACUGGCGAUUGCGGGCUGGACAGCUGAAUAAUACCUUUUAGUGAAAAUCUGCAAUCUUAGAAUAAUUAAUUGGGACAUGCAUGGUUGUUUUCAAAAUCUCACUCCCACUUUCUGCAAUUAUUUUGUUUCACUCUACCCCCCCCCCAGCCCUUCCCCCCCGCCCCACCAAACAAUGUUAUUUCACAGCAAUGUCAUUCGAGCCUCGAUACACAUCAUAUUGAAUCAUAAUUGAUUGGUUGGGAGGGGAAGUGGCGAGGGAAGGGGCUCUUUACGAUAUAACACGCAAAUGCUGUUCAAACAGCGUUGUGUCCCUUCCAGAAUUAUAAUUAAAGAAAUCUAGAUAAAUUCAGUAUGUUUUCAUUUUCACUUCUAAAAUUCGAAAAGCCGUAGCUACGUCCUAGUGAUUAACAAAAAAUUCCCCUACUGUAGCUCUUGCCUGUUUGUCAGGGAACUUUACUGUAUGUAAUAUUGUACUGUACAUCAUCAGAGAUCAACUGUAUAGAAUAUUCAUUUUCACAAAGUAUUUUUAAUUAUCAGUUUAACUUUAAACAUAAAAAUAAAGUAUAAACAUAAGACUGAAAAAACGAGAUAUUUUAAUUUCAUUCUUUGUAUAUAAUAAAUAGUCCUUAAAUACGAGAUAUUUAUUUGUCGUAAGUUAAAACGAAGAGCUGUAGAGCGUUCUUGUGUAUAAGUUAAAAAUUAAAUAAAAUUAUUACUGAAAAUGUCUUUCUUUGAUAUACAACUACUUUACAAAUACAUGCAUGCGUUUGUCGCAAAAUCGGCACUCAUUUUAGAAAUUAAUUAAGUAUUAUUUUAGAACAGCAAGAGUCUGAAAAACCAGAACACAUAUACCCUUAGUUCAUUUCUUCAAUACAUGGGUUCCGAUUUUUCCUGUCGAGAUGCGAUGGCUGGAUGGACACGUAUAGUUAUUCUUGGAUUUUAUUGCCUCAUUCCAUAAUCCCUUGUGUUGUGAACGGAUUGCUUCACAGCCAAUCUCGUUCCCAGAGUAUGCCUGUUCGCAGGUUAUGCAGUAGUGGCAUGCCACUACAUAACCCGCAAACAGGCAUACUCUGGGAACGAGAUUGCUUCGCAGCUACUUAGGGGAGCAUAUACUGAGCAUUCUGCCAAUUAGAGAAGAUAACCUGGGCACCAAAGCCGUUUUUAUAAUAGCAAGGUUCAGUUUGACUUCCGCUACACACGUAAAGAUGUGCAACCUAUUACAGAUAACAAACAAGUUGUAAGAAGGUUGUUGUCAAGCCGAUCCAGGAUGUGUUCGCACUACUCGUUCCCAGUUAAGUCUGGAAACAAGUUGUUGUCACCUUGUUAUAAGGUUUAUGCGGGUACGG